AUGAGUAGUUUCAAGCUAAGCGUGGGAGAUUUUCUUGACAAGCUAGACUCCGUUGCAUCCUCUCAAGUGAAAAUCUCCAUUUUAGAAGAUGUUUUGAAGAAGCUUGAUCAAGAGAGGAAAGAAGAUGAAAAGAUGAAUCAAGAUCCAUCUGCCGAGAGAGAAAGUGCAAUUGCUCUGCUUUCUAGCGUGCGUCACAACAUUCUCCAAACGAUAUCAUCUUCCUCCAAUCUUCAGCCACCGCCGCGAGACCUCUUUACGGCACCGUCAUCCUCCUCUCUUCAGCCACCGACGACCGACUUCUUUAGGGAGCCAUCGUCCAGUGCACAACCACCACCGACGCACUUCUUUACUACAUCUCUUAGACCUCCGUCAUUCUCCUCAUCCUCGACACCAUCAACUUUUCCAUAG